AAAGCAGACGGAGUUCAGAUUCAUUUCAUGCUGGCAGUGCUGAAGGCAGAGCACAUUGCAAGAGCGCACCGUGACACACAAGGAGCCAGGACACACAUGACUAUCAGAUGGAUUACUCUGGCAUUUACAUGUGAGCACCAACACGGCAAGGACAAUACAGGCAGCAGGCACACUAAGGAUUUGCACAGACCCUGCAGAACUCUGGUGUCACACUGACAGUAUUAGAAGAAAACAUUUUUUGCCUCACUAAUUCAUUCAGGUGCCUGAUAUUUCACUGAGCGGAGGGACUCGGAUUGAGCAUUGAAGAUGUGCAUGUUUUGGGUAAAAUUCUGAAAGCGUCUUGUCACCACUGAAGUGGAUCAUAAUCACUGUGACGAGAGCGAAACGCACCAAGAGAAAAGGACACGCGUGAGAAAGCUUACCAUGCACUGACAACAAGGAAUGGAAAGCAUCAGUGUGGAAACAGACUGGGAUGGGUUAGCCCUCUCCUCUCUGGUUGCCACAGGAAGGAACAACUUCUCCUCCUCAUCUUUGUUUGUCUCUGAACUGAGCUCCCUUAAUAGUUCGCACAGCGGGGGAUCCUUCUUCGGGAUAUUCCCUGAGAAUGGUUCCACCACCACGCCUCACACCCUGCCCCAGCCCAGGGUGAGAGACCUGGGCCUGGCCCGGGCAGAGAUCGCAGUGCUGGGGCUGGUGCUGGCUCUCACCACCCUGGGGAAUAGCUUUGUGCUGUGGGUGCUGCUGAGGAGGAGGAAGUACAAUGCACCGAUGCAUGUGUUCAUGGUCAACCUCUGUGUGGCCGACCUGGUGGUGGCCCUUUUUCAGGUUCUUCCCCAGCUAAUAUGGGACAUCACAGAGAGGUUUCAGGGGCCUGACUUGCUCUGCCGGUCCGUCAAAUACUUGCAGAUUGUGGGCAUGUUUGCCUCCUCCUACAUGAUAGUUGCCAUGACAGUAGACCGGCACCAUGCCAUCUGUUGCCCAUUGCAGGCUUACCGUGGGGGGGCAAUGUCCCGCUGGAACACCCCUGUCAUGGUGGCCUGGGGCCUGGCGUUAGUCCUCAGCAUACCACAGGUGUUCAUCUUCUCUCGCUCAGAAGUGGCUCCUGGAGAGUACGAGUGCUGGGGUCACUUUGCUGAGCCAUGGGGGCUGAAGGCCUACGUCACCUGGAUGACCGUGGCAGUCUUCCUUCUGCCCGCCCUCAUUAUCACCAUCUGUCAGAUAAGAAUCUUCCGAGAGAUUCACAAUAAUAUCUACCUGAAGUCAGAGAGGACGGUAAUGGCCGAGUUGAAGAAGAAUCAAAUCCUUUUCCGUUUCCACAGUUUUAAGAAGGACGAUGAGCGAGCCAGGGAGAGGGGGAGGCGGGCUUCAGGAGGAGGGAGCAGGGAUGGGAGAGGAGGACAGCUCUUUAAGGGUGUGAAUAACAACCCUCACAAUAACAGCCACAGCAGCCAAGUACCGUCCACCGUUCAGUUUAACAGUUGCCACGGUGAACAUGUGACAACAUCACCUACACAGCAGCAAAUACUGAACAGCUCAGAUUGCCAGGAGUCUUACACCUCCUUUGAGCUGGCCUCAGGCUCACCCCGCUGCUCCAUUGACUAUGCCCCACAUCAUCCUCCAGCCACUCCACCUCCAAGCAUCACUAAAGCCAUGUCCAAGACUGUUAGAAUGACCCUGGUCAUCGUGCUGGUCUAUACUAUCUGCUGGUCACCUUUCUUCAUCGUCCAGCUUUGGGCAGCCUGGGACCCCAACCCUCCAGAUCAAGCAGGAGUGGCCUUCACUAUCCUGAUGCUGCUGGCCAGUCUGAACUCUUGCACCAACCCGUGGAUCUACACAGCUUUCUCCAGCAGCGUGUCCAGAGAGCUGCAGAGUCUGCUGCAGUGCCGGGCUGGGCUUGGCCGCCGGGGCUCCCUGCCCGACGAUUCCACCACCACACACACGUCCACCACCAAGGACAACCUGUACUGACAGAGACUGAUGAGACAGAAACAGACACACAGAGGCAUGUUUAAAAAGACAUGCAUGGAUGCACACACGUCCUGUUGCAAGGACAUGUUGCACACAACUCUGCCACCAUCACCACUUCCAGCUGCGCAGCCCGAGAACAGGGAGCGCUGACCUCUACCAGAUGUUUCCAACAACAAAGGACAGCUGUACUGUCAACAGGACCUCUAUCUUUAAUCACAUGUCCCCUCCACCCCAGCAGUGAAGAAGGGUGUCAUUGAAGACGUCAACACCAUUUUAUGAGGGCACAGUGGAAUAGACUGCACAGUGGCGCAGUCAGUGACAGCCUCUACAAUGCAAAAUGGCCUUGAAAUUAAAGAUAUUUUCACCUCAGCUGCAGUUGAGUAGGACUCAAUUAUUCAUAUGAGAAAAACUUGCCCUGCUCAGACAGAGCAGAGCCGCAGGAAUGCAAGGGGUGGAUCACUGCAUUAAUGGCCUUACGACACGCCUAACGUACAAAGAAGCAGACAAAGCUAUGGGUGUAGCGAAAACAAAGCAGUAGGCUGAGGGAAAUGGAGAGCGAGAGACAGAGACAGCGGGUCAGAGUGAGAUCGCUGCUGGAUGAAGGACAGUGGGUGACAUGGAUGUUACAGCAGCAGGACCAGAUCCUGAGAAGGCUGAGGUUGAAAUCUAAUAAGUGAAUAAACUUUGUUAAAUCAAAGAAACUGGAUUACAGACGGAUGCUUGAGGCAGAAUUCAUAUUUGCUUUGGAGGAAUCCAGUUCCACAGAACAAAAGUGAUUUGUUAGCAGGAUGGACAGAGAUUCACUCAUGCAGAUGGUGCAGUAGAGUCAAAACACUGGCCCACGAGGAAUUGGAAUAACGUGGGCUGACUCAGACAGGAGGAGGGGUAGGCCUUGGAGAAUACAAAUGAACAAUCCAGGUUUCCUCAACCCACCGGGCCACAAUUAUGCGAUUGUAUUUUGUACAAACAUAGCAUAUGAGUAACACAAAAUUACUUUCCUGUCGUGCUCUCCUGGAAGUAUGGAACAAGAACAUGAACACUAAGCAAGGAGACACGUCAAGGAAACAAAUGAGAAAACACUCAACAGCAUUCCGUGUACACUGACUGACAAUGUAAAGUAUAUUUAUUGAAAAUGUAAGGCACAUUAGAUGUUAGUACUUUAUGUGUAAGAUAAAUACUGAAUGCAGAUCAUGCAUUUGUAAUAGUCCGAUAUGUGCAGUAGAAAAGUAGAAAGUCAAACCAAAGAUUUUUUUAACUUCCACUGUAGAAACAAUUCAGGUCUUAAUAGCAGAGAUAUGGCAAAGCCUCAGCAUAUUAAGAGAAAGUACUCCUUGACAAACCAAGUGCCUGUGAUGUCAGGAGACAUUUGCCGAGGGGCCUCCCUCACUGGUUGAUGUCAGCCAUGUUAUUCUUAGACAGAGCAACCACCAGAGCGGGAAUCAUUGGAUAUGUUACAUCACACCAUGAGCCAUGUGUUCUUUCAUCUUUUUAUUUAUUGAUGUGUAAAUGAAAAUACGCUGAAAAUUCACAUACACUUAAUGUUCGUGUACAGUUUUUAUAUCACAUUUUAUUCCAUGUAAAGAGUAAUGUAUUAUGCCCUUCAACUGCAUGACAGACCUAAUAUUAAAGUUACGACAUUUGUUUUGAUAAAAGCACAAUUAUAAGCUACUGUACAUACAGUAGAUGUGAUAACUUUUCUGUGUGUAUUGGAUAAGAUAAGAUAAGAUAAGAAUUUACUGUAUUUGGUCCAACUAUUCAUUUCAGAGUAAAUGUUCCUGAAAAUGUGUGUUUUAAAAUCCCGCUCACUCGUUUUUUGUCUGCUCAGCACAUCCUUUAUCGAUGAGAGUUUUGUUAUGCGUGUCUGCAGGACAAUACUUGGAUGCUUUCAAGGUAUCUCAGGAGCACUUGUCUGGGUCGUAGGAGAAGCCUCACCUUUUCCUCUGUGCGGUCAGGGUGUUUGGGUUUUCAGCACGCUACUGUGAAUUUGUUCUUGUGACUCAAGCCUCCACUUUGAUUCGAUGCCAAAUGAAAGGCUACAGCAACAAAGUACCGUGUCCCACUUUGUUAUAUCAGGAAAUAAAUGAACUUCUCCCAAACCCUCAGGGUGUUCAUGUAUUUUCCUCUUCCUGUCAGGAAGUUGAGAGGUCAGAAGAUGAUUCUUCUCAGCCAAAAGGGUCAGACUUCAGAUCCCUCCAGCCUUUCAAGUGGUGAUGGGAGAGGCCAAAGACGCUUUUGUUGUGCAUUAUAGUGUCUGUGCAGCCAUUAGUGAGCAUUACAACAACUAAAUAAUAAAUGCUCUUCAAUAAAUGGAGAAUUUGCUGGCACAAGCACCCACUAAAAUUAGAUCCAUCAGUGCAGAAAAUUUUGCUUUGUGUUGUUUCCUGAGGAUAGAAGCCCUGUCAGUAGCUUUUAUUGCCCCAAAUACCAUCACCAUCACACAAACCCUCCCCCCUCGUCGAAGCUUGUGAUAGACGGUCUAUAGGAUGAGUUACAGCUCUUUGUAAUUCUGCGUUGUGUCAGUAUGGGUGUGUUUAUGCUGAAUAUCCUGAUGCUUAUGCUUUCCAGGCUGAUGCAAGGUUGAUGUCUUAACUCAAGGUCACUUCUUCAUUACAGUGGGGCAGAGCUUCCUGCAAGGCCUGUGGCUGUGAUGUUGUAUAAGGGAAAUAAAUGAGCCCCCCGUGUGGCUGUCACAAGGGCAGGAAAAUAGGUGAAGUACCCCCUUCAAAUCAAUUUAGGGUCAGCCGAGGAGCGCAUCCAGUGGCUCUGAAGAAUGACAGAGCCCCCCAGCCUUGACCAAAAUUGGCAUAAAUCAGACCUGGAGUCGGGGGCUUUACUACACUGAGCAAUGUGUCUGCAUUGCUUAACUCAUGACCCCUCCACAGAGCUGAUGACUGCUGAGGCUGCUCCUAAGCUCAUUCCAAGACACUGGGAGGCAUAUCCGGCCACGACUUGCACAACCAGCUCCAGCGUCCGUGCUAGCGCAGAGCGCUGCAGCGUCUUACUUUAUAAACAGUGCAAGCAAAAGAAAAAAAAAACAAAAACAACAACCCCACAAUUUAUUAUGUCUUUUCAAAACAUGUAAUUAGUUUUUUUGCUUCACUUUUCUGUCUUUCUUUCCCUUUAGUUUGAUGAUUUUUUUUUAUAUACUUUCUCUCUGUCAAAGAAGUUGAGAGUUUAUUUUGGGAACAGUAUUACAUAAAAGGAAGGCCUAUCUGUGCCCAUUUGUUAUUUACAACAAUAGUUCGACUGCAGCUGUUUUCAAGGUGUUUUUUUGCCAAAUAUAGCCAUACUUUGCUUUUUAUUGGCAUCAACUGUGAAUCUGCAGAAACUCUUGCCUCAUAGGUGUGAGAGCCAGGGGGAUCAAGGCUAGCUUUUAUGACUCUCACCCACCUUGUUUUCAUUACUUAAAGUGUGGUUGUGUUCACACCUCAACAAGACCCUGUAAUUUUUCUCCUCAUUGUAAAAACAGGCAUGUGGACAUUGCCUGAUAAAACCCAUUUUAUGGCACCUAAUUCAACAAGCUUUCACAGGAU